AUGUAUACGGAAGCGCACAGAGCGCUUCUCACGUAUAUUCGUGCGGUCAAAGUUGUGUCUGCGGACCGGCUCACUGCGCAGUUUUCUCUUGUCGCAGAACAAUAUUCUCUCCAAGAGUCGCUUCGGGAUUUCCUAGCUACAAUUAAUGUUCGCCUAGAACGUUAUGGUUUCAAAAUCGAUAGCACUUGGGAUCAGGAUCUGGGUGCUGCGCUCUACGUGUUUGUCAACACUCGUCUUGAUGAUGUGAUUCAGAGUUGUACGCCGUAUUCUCCUCCGGAGUUGGACGCCAUCAAAGAGUUGAUCGACACUAUUGUCUCUGCGCCAGGUUACAUUUACGCGUGCCCCAUGGUCAAUGCUCGCCAGCAAAUCGCAUCCACAUUGAAACGGCCCGCAUCCGAUGCUACGUAUUUGCUUAAACAGCUCGUUGAUGAUGGGUGGGUCUCGUUUACUUCUCAUAAUCGCGUGGUGCUAGCACCGGCAGCCUUGGCAGAACUUCGGGCGUACUUAGAGGAUCGCUUUGGCAUCUUCUCUACCGCAGAUCCACAAGGAAAGCUUCUUGUGUGCAACGUGUGCCGCGGGCUAGUAACAUUGGGGCAGAAAUGUAUUACGGGCGAUUGUCCGACUAGUUUCCACGACAGAUGUAUGGCACUGUACCAAAGAGGUGGCCAUGGAUGCCCAGCUUGUGGGAAACUGCUUGAGGAGACGCAAUCUGUGGGAGAGGGAUGA